CUAAGAGAGGCCAGACAUGUCUCCAAGUUCUCCUGGAGUAUUUCCUACUAUCCAGUAUAUGCUGCAGAACCACACAGGAAAAAAUGGAGUAAACUGGAUUCUCUUCUUUCUUGAGCAUCAUGCACAGAACUGUUUACUAGAGGCCAAUUAGCUUGAAUUCAGUGGAACUGCACAGAUGCAACUUUAGGGCAUAAUUUAACUAGCAGAAGCUUUAUUGCAAGUGAUGAUGCAAUAAAAGAAAAAACCCAAAUUGAAUCUCGGAGGCCAGGCUGAGUUAAAGAAAAAUAUUCACUUGUUUUUACUGCAAGAUUGGGUAUUGAGAGACAAUGACUGCAAAACCCCAGGGCAGCAUUUGCACAGUUGCAUUACAGAGCAGAACUGCACUACCAAGCUCUUUUUCUUGCACAGGUGUAAGAGAUCAAUCUCUUUAAAAAACAUUUACAUCCUCUUCCCACCCACCCCACCCUGCUUUGUGUUAGGUAUUUGUUUUGUUUCUUUGCAGAAUAGCUUGACUGCCCUAUAUCUUGCUUUUCCUUGCACAUCUUUGCAACUAAACCCGCUAGCCAAACCAGCCCCUGAAAGGCUACAAAAUGGAUUUGUGUAAAUAAUACAUUGAUCUGUUUACAUGCCUGGCCCUUUUAUUGCUUGCUCGGCGGAGAUGGAGAUGGAGAUGCUGCAGCAGCAGCAGGUCCUUUCAAGGCAGGGUUUGGUUUUCUGCCUUCUGGAGGCUUUGACCUGGCGACUUCUCUCGGAUGCACCUCCGCUCGCUGGCCACCAGGGGUCCCAGACACGCGCCGCUUCCCAGCCGCUCUUUGUCCUGCUGCUUCCCCCGCGAGCCCGCCUCCCCAUCCCGUUCGGAGCCCGCGGCUGGAGCCGGGGGAGGGAGGCGGCGGUCGCUGCCGACUUGUACAAGUGGCCGCCAGUCAGGAAGCAGAGCCACGCCCCCGACUCCCUCCCCUGCCUCGCCGGCCGGGCUGCUCCAGCCCCCGCUGCUGUUCCACCUCGCUCGCUUAGCAGGUCAAUGAAUUGCCAGAGGCUUGAGGCUGAAGGAACUGGAGGAGCCCGGCUCUGGAGCCAUCCUUGAAUCCCUGCCUAGCAAACAUGCGCCUCCGCACUUUCUCUGAUUCCCCAGCCAGGAACGUAGCUGCUUGAGAAGUUGGAAAAACCAGAAGGACUCACAGGGGCGUGUGAAGCAAUCCGGAGCUACAAAAGGAGGAUGGAAAUCCUGUAUGAAUGUGAAAACCAUUAGCAAAGUAAUUGCUGUCUAUUACCAUGACAACCAGCCGCUGCAGUCACCUGCCUGAAGUCUUACCAGACUGCACCAGCUCAGCUGCUCCCCUAGUAAAGACGGUGGAGGAGUGUAGCAGUCUUGUGAAUGGACAGCCGCAGUAUGUCAUGCAAGUUUCAGCCAAGGACGGGCAGCUUCUGUCAACAGUAGUAAGGACUCUUGCCACACAGAGCCCUUUCAAUGACAGGCCAAUGUGCAGGAUCUGCCACGAAGGCAGCAGUCAGGAAGACCUGCUCUCUCCAUGUGAAUGUACAGGAACCCUGGGGACUAUUCAUCGCAGCUGCCUGGAGCAUUGGCUGUCCUCUUCGAAUACCAGUUACUGUGAACUCUGCCACUUCAGGUUUGCAGUAGAGCGCAAACCCAGGCCAUUAGUAGAGUGGCUAAGAAACCCAGGUCCGCAGCAUGAGAAACGGACUCUGUUUGGAGACAUGGUGUGCUUCUUGUUUAUAACUCCCCUGGCGACCAUCUCUGGCUGGUUGUGUCUGCGGGGAGCAGUGGACCAUCUGCACUUUAGUAGUAGGUUAGAAGCUGUUGGCCUCAUUGCACUCACUGUCGCACUCUUCACUAUUUACCUCUUUUGGACACUAGUGUCAUUUAGGUACCACUGUAGAUUAUACAACGAAUGGCGUCGGACCAAUCAGAGGGUGAUACUCCUAAUUCCAAAAUCUGUCAGUGUUCCUUCUAACCAGCAGUCAUUGCUGGGCCUUCAUUCAGUCAAAAGGAACUCAAAGGAGACAAUCGUUUGAUUUUGGCAGUUCUGUACUGGAGUCAUGCACUAAAUAUACUUUCUUAAACCCAUGGGCUCUGAUUCCAUCCAAAACCUGGUACAGUGCUAUUCCGGUUUACAAACUCUUUACAGAGGAAGAAAUCACUGUUAAUUAAAAUCAUGGAUGCUGCAAUCAUAUGAUAUUUGCUAAGCUGCCAAACAUGUUUAUUUAGCAGAUACUGUAUGGAAUUCUACAAACUCAUGUUAAUACCUGCCUUGUCAGUGAUGCAAACCCUUCUUUUUUUUUAAUUGUUUAA